UCUCAUCUCAAGGAUAUUCAAGGUGCACUUGUUUCAAUUCUGUCAGAUAGUGAUGAGCUUAGUCAAGAUGUUGCUUCAAAAGGUCUUGGGCUUGUAUAUGAACUAGGAAGUGAACAAGAUCAGCAAGAGCUAGUCACCACACUUGUUGAUACCCUUAUGACUGGGAAAAGAGCCAAACAUGAGAUGACUGGAGAAACUGUGGUGUUUCAGGGUGGCCUGAGCAAAACCCCAGAUGGUCAAGGUCUGUCUACCUACAAGGAGCUUUGUUCACUUGCUAGUGAUCUAAAUCAACCAGACCUGGUGUACAAAUUCAUGAAUCUGGCCAACCAUCAUGCCAUGUGGAAUUCUCGGAAGGGAGCAGCUUUUGGUUUCAACGUGAUAGCUGCCAAGGCUGGAGAGCAGCUGGCUCUAUUUUUGCCUCAGCUUCUUCCCCGGCUCUACCGUUACCAGUUUGACCCCAACCUGGGCAUUCGACAGGCAAUGACCAGCAUUUGGAAUGCCUUGGUCACUGACAAGUCAAUGGUUGAUAAGUACAUGAAGGAAAUUCUUGAGGAUUUGAUCAGUAACCUAACCAGCAGUCUGUGGAGGAUCAGAGAAUCCAGCUGUCUGGCGCUGAAUGACUUACUAAGAGGAAGACCUUUGGAUGACAUUAUAGACAAGCUUCCAGAGAUCUGGGAAAUCCUAUUCAGAGUGCAAGAUGACAUUAAGGAAACUGUGCGAAAGGCAGCAGAACUAGCCCUGAAAACUUUAAGCAAGGUUUGUGUGAAAAUGUGUGAUCCCUCUAAAGGAGCAGCUGGUCAGAAGAUGAUAGCUGUACUGCUCCCUUGCCUCCUAGACAAAGGAAUAGUAAGCACAGUUGCUGAAGUCCGAUCUCUCAGCAUUAAUACUCUUGUGAAGAUCAGUAAAAGUGCUGGAUCUAUGCUGAAACCUCAUGCACCAAAACUUAUCCCAGCCCUGCUGGAAUCCUUGAGUGUGCUGGAGCCUCAAGUCCUCAAUUAUUUGAGUCUUUGUGCAACAGAUCAGGAGAAAACUGCAAUGGAUAGUGCCAGACUUAGUGCUGUCAAGUCAUCUCCCAUGAUGGAAACCAUUAACAUGAGCUUGCAAUAUUUGGAUGUGUCCGUCCUGGGUGAGCUGGUUCCUCAGCUGUGUGAACUGAUCAAAAGUGGAGUAGGCCUUGGCACAAAGGGAGGCUGUGCCAGUGUAAUUGUGUCAUUAACCACACAGUGUCCUCAGGACUUAACACCUUAUUCAGGCAAACUUAUGAGUGCUUUACUUAGUGGUCUGACUGAUCGCAACAGCGUGGUACAGAAGUCUUUUGCCUUUGCUAUGGGGCAUCUAGUCCGGACUUCCCGGGACACUAGUACUGAGAAGCUGCUGCACAAACUGAGCAGUUGGUACAUGGAGAAAGAAGAGCCAGUUUACAGAACAGGCUGUGCUUUAACUGUGCAUGCAAUGGGACGCUACAGUCCAGAUGUAGUGAAGAACCAUGCCAAACAUGUGCUGCCAUUGGCUUUUCUUGGCAUGCAUGAAGUUCCCAAUGAAGAGAAAGGAGAGAAAGAGAAUUCUACUCUGUGGACUGAAGUUUGGCAGGAAAAUGUACCUGGUACUCAGGGUGGCAUCAGGCUGUAUAUGCAGGAGUUGAUAACCAUUACCCAGAAGGCUCUGCAGUCCCAGUCCUGGAAAAUGAAAGCCCAGGGAGCAGCUGCCAUGGCAUCAAUUGCCAAACAGACAGGCUCCCUUGUGCCACCACAUCUGGGAAUAGUGCUCUCUGCACUGCUGCAAGGCUUGCCAGGAAGAACCUGGACUGGGAAGGAGGAGCUGUUAAAGGCCAUUGCCAGUGUCGUCUCUGCAUGCAGUGCAGAGCUGCAGCAAUCAGUGCCUGGCCAGCCCACUGUCAAUGAUAUUGUCCAGGCUGUCCUGAAAGAAUGUCGGAAAGAGAACCUGAAGUAUAAGAUGGUGGCACUGCGCUGUGUGGCCGGGGUGCUCCAGGCAACAAAGGAAGACCGGUUCCAGGAGCUGGCAGAUAUUGUCUUUCCCAUGAUAAAGAAGAACUCUCUUGAGAGCAUGGGCAUGGGUUUACCAAAGCAUGACGAAGAGGACGAAGAUAUGAGGGAGAAAGAGAUGCAGAUGGAGUCCCUGAUCUGCGCCUUUGAGACCCUAGGCAAAGCCUGGCCAAGGAGCCCGGAGACACAGCGUUGCUAUCGCCAAGAGUUUUGCAAGUUAAUGUGUGACCGUCUGAAGCUCAGCACAUGGAAAGUGCAGCUUGGAGUGCUGCAAGCCAUGAAUGCCUACUUUCAAGGGCUAAUGCUGUUUGAUGAGGAGCACUCAGACCCUGUGGCUUUAACAGAAAUACUAUUGGAAACCUGUUCAUCUAUCACCCAUUCUUUAGAAAACAAAAGCUACACGUCCAUAAGAACAGAAGCUUUGUCUGUGAUACAACUGCUGCUCACCAAACUGCAAGAAGCCCAACAGUGGGAAGGCCUAACACGGGAAAGCAGAGAGCACCUCAUUCGUUCGUUGUCUACAAUGGCAUCAGAUAGCAGACCCGAGCUACAAGAGAAGGCAUUUAUAUUGAAGAAAACACUUGAAAAUCUUGACUAA